AAAAGCUCUAUGUUCAAAAUGCGGAAAUACCGAACGCAAACGUAAACAUAAUGCUUUCACAGAAAUCGUUCGGUGAUGCACAUGGAUAUGGUUAAAUCACGAAACGUAUUAUAUAUUAUAUUAUAAAACAAAUUACCUCACUAUUUGACAGAGACUAACACAUGCGUCUUCCAGAGUUGUUUGCCGAUGAUUCGCAAUAUUGAAUAUGUAUAGUGGACUACUCCCGCCGGGUCUCACUGAGGCUGAUUUAAGCUCUGAAGAUGAUGGUGAUGUUACAGCAGGAAACAGACCAGCAGAGACAGAAACAAACGAGCACCUUUCACGUCAGUCAAGCACAGAGACACGUCCAUCAUGUGUACAGCUUGAAAGUAACGUUAAUAGGACUACUGAUUUGCAAACGGAUGCAUUGUGUGAUGAUUGUCCUCCUGGAGUCUCCCUGGACAAAUGGCAAAGAUUCAAAGAGCUUCAGAGAGCAAAAGCUGAUCAGAGAGUGAAGCAACCACAAACAAAACGACUAAGGAAAAGACGCCACAAAAAACGUGGGACUCAAACAAAAAACGAUGAUACAGAGCAGAAAAGAAAGUUGGAGGAGAAGGAGGAAAACUGGAAGGAGCUCACGCAGUAUUUUGGCAUGAAGGAUAAAUUCGAGCCUCCUCCUUGCAACAGGCCUCCUCCCAAGUCAGGCCUGGAAAAAAGCAUAGAGAGUGCCAUCGCUGAAGGGGACUAUGGGACGGCGGAAGAACUGAGUGACAGACUUGCUACUCGAGAGCUGGGCGUGAAAAUCGCACAAGCCGCCGAUUGCCGCGACUUCACCCGGUCCAAACGGGAAGCAGAGGCUUCCCAGGCAGCCCGAAAACGGAGAAAGCAAAUCGCUUGGGGAUAUCUAUCUUGGACAUGCUCCUGUGUGUUAACUCGUAAGAGCUUUCUAAUGGGUUCGAAGCAAAGCAAAGAUGGGAAACCAAAAGCAACAUGGGAUUCAUGUGAUAGUUUUAAAUAUCUAAUUUGUUUUAGUAUUUUUUCAGUGAAUCAGUUUUUGGUCAUUCAGUUUUGUGGGUCAUUUAAUAAGUGGGAUUAUUACCGUCAGAUUGGCAUUUACAUUAUUGCGUGUAUUUGGGUUCUUUUUCUCAUAAUUAAAUCUGGCACACACAGCGUUUAUUUACCGGAGUAAGUGGGUUAAUCAGAAGCCGCCUUUUCUUCCAUGGAGGUAUGGAGAGAGGGAAGAGAAAGGAGAGAUUAAGAGCCUAAUGCAAUGUACAGGAUAAUAUGCAAUAGGAUUUGCCUAGGCAAAAUGAAAUUUGUUGGCUGUAAGGAGGUUUGAGCAGUCAUAAACGCCGAAUUUAGUCGGGUCUGAGUGUAAGAUGAGCGUGUGUGAGGAAAAGAGAAUAUGAUGGAGAGCAGCGUGUGUAUGAAACUGACCUGUGGUCAGUGAUUUUGGUUGCACAUUGACAUCUCUAAACGUGAACUGCUUAUUUUUAUUUAAUAGUAAAUAUUUUAAAGGAUAGUUUAUCCAAAACUCACAAUGGAUUAUUAUUUACUCAUACUCACACUGUUUCAAUACUGUAUGACUUUUAGGAAUUUUUCCAUGUAGUAAAAAUGAAUGGAGACCAGGGGCUUUUUUGGCUUCAAGAACAUCAUAAUGCUAGUCUGUAUGACUUGUGUGCUAUAUUUCAUUUAAAACCAUGUAAUAGAUUUGUGUGUACUGUGUGUGAUAAAUAUAGUUUUGGUAGCCAAGGUCACUGUUCAUCUUCCAUGUGCAUGAUAGACAUUAUGCUAUAAGGAAAAUUCCGCAGAGGAAUGUUUGGAAAGACACAGGGUUGAGUAAAUAAUGACAAAACUACUCCUUUUUUGUUAUAUUUCUUAAUACACCCGAGUACCUUUCUUUUCUAAACAUCCCUCCCACUUUCACGACCCUGUCUGGUACGAGUGAGCUCUGUAGUGGGAAUGUAGCAGCUCACUCUAUUGAUUUAUUCUCUGUUGGCCUGAGGCAGAGACAUCUGUAAUUUUAGGGCUUUGCCACCCUGACAACAGCCAACUGACAACUGUAGCACAAACUUGUCAGUGCUGCCUUAAGGCAAUGCAGUCAGCACGGAGACAUCUUACUAAAGAAAAAAUCUGUUGUAAAUGCCAUCUUUAUUACAUCAGUCAAAUUGUGGUUGUGAUCAUCAUCAAUAAAUAAAGCUUUGGAAGAUUGUGG